CUUGUGGGUUUCCUUGGGAACUUCCUCCGCAGGUCGCGCCGCCUCGACUCCACCUUUCAGACGGGGCUCCCUCGGCAUCGUCCAAUCUGCUCAGUUGUUCACUCAUAGAAAGGUGUUAGACCAGGCCACCUUUUGACCCCUCGCCGGGCCUCUAAUCUGAACAGAGGAAUUACAAGCAUUCUCCGCUGGCCCACAAGAUGAGACGUGGGGGGGCGGGAGGGAAGUGCUGUCGUAGUAGUCCUGUAGCAGCAGCAUAGACCCAGUGAUUCAAGUUUCCAUCUCCUCAGCACGUCACGAUCUGAUCAUUGGAAAUGAACUUGAGGAUACGCCGGUGUCAGGGAUCCUCCGAUCAUACCCGGGCGUGAUUGUGGGGACCCGUCACUCCGGAACAUGGGUCAGACCGCUGUGUCCGCCUUCUCCACCCACCCGAGUGCGGAUGGCCUGGAGAAGUCUGCACUGUCGCCGACCAACUGCGAUGUGGUGGUGAGCAACGCCAGUCCUACCCAGAAUGCCUCUGGGUUGCGCCAGCAGCGCGGUAAGCUGUCGUCACUCGGGAAGCUCUUCAAACCGUGGAAGUGGAGGAAAAAGAAGACCAGCGAUAAGUUCGAGGACCUCACCAAAGUACUGGAGAGAAAGAUCUCCACGCGACAGACCAGAGAGGAGCUGAUCAAGAAGGGCGUCCUCAUCGUAGACCAAGACCCGUUCCCACAACCUGCACCUGUAUCCAUCCAUACGUCCCUCUUCCUCUCAGAAGCAGACACCAACAGCAGCGGGGUACAGAACGGCCAUGCCACGCCCGCCCCAGACGAGCUGCGGGUCGACAUCGAGGCCCCGGCCGCAUCGCUACCCGAGGAACAGCCCAUUGGGCCAGAGGCUCCGGAAGGCGGAGCAGCCAAACCCUCCAAUCCGAAGAAGACUGGAGGGGUUACCAAGACGACCCCCGCUCCGUCGUCCGCACCUCGCUCACGGGCCGCCAAGGAUGGGGGAGGAGGAGCAACUCAAAGCACUGGGACGGGGACCACCAGGACCAACCAGCGGAAGAAGACCUCCACGCUACCCCCCAAGGCCUCCCCUGAGACGGCUAGCCUCCCCGGGGAGCCCCAGGGCGCGGCCUCCUCCAAACCCGCCACCCUCCCCCGGGCAGAGCGGCGGCGGGGCGAUAAAGACCCCUGCUCCGGCCCGGCCCCCCUAAAGACUAAAGGCAAAACCCCCAAAGCCGGCGCCGCGGCCUCGGGUCUGAGGGCCGGUGCGGGGUUGGGCGCGGGCUCCGUGGAGCGCGCUGUCGGGACCCCUCGCGUCAACUCGGCCACGGAGGAGACAUCUUUCACGGCGGGCCGGGUCCCGGAGGGGUCCGCACAGGAACAGGAAGCAGAGGGCGGUAGCGGAGAAGGAGGGGGCGGAGCUGAGGGAGGAGAGGGGAAGCCCGCCACGGCGGACUCUCCCGCGCAGAAGAAACCGAUGUCAGCGGAGGGCGAUGCGCCGCAGGGCCUGAGCGUCAACGUGGAGAGCCCAGAGGUGACGGUCAUCCCUGAUAGGCCCACAGACAGCCAGACCAGCGACUCGGACUCAGACGGACCAAUCCUUUGGCUUGACGAGGAGGAGGAAGACGACGAGGAUGACGAGUACACAAACAGUUCCCUGGCCAGUAAGAUCCGCCGGCGGGACACCCUCAACAUCAAGCUCGGGAACCGUCCCACCAAGAGGGACCUGGAGGACAAAAACAUCCUGCCUCGCAGCUCCGACGCCGAGAGGAUGUCGCUGCGCCAGCAGAUCGGCUCCAAACUGGUCAGGCGCUUGAGUCAGAGGCCCAGUACUGAAGAGCUGGAGCAGAGGAACAUCCUGAAACAAAAGAACCUAUCUGAGGAGCAGGAAGCCAAGCAGGAAAUCAAAAGGAGACUCUCCAGAAAGCUGAGCGUGAGACCUACUGUGGCGGAGCUGGUGGAGAGACGGAUCCUGUGUUUCAACGAGUACGUGGAGGUGACGGAUGCUAAGGACUACGACCGGCGAGCCGACAAACCCUGGACCAGGCUCACGCCCGCUGACAAGGCUGCUAUCAGGAAGGAGCUGAAUGAGUUCAAGAGUCGUGAGAUGGAGGUCCACGAGGAGAGCAAACAUUUCACCAGGUUCCAUCGACCCUGAUCGCCUGAUCCCUGCCCGUGUGGAUUCCUUCCAGCUGAUGUCCCGGCCUCCGACGCUCACUUCCAUCUGCUUUUCAUUGUUUUUCUACGCAUCUACGGUUUAAGAGAACAUAUACAGAUGAUGGAAAAGGCCUGAUGUGCUGUGCGACUGAAACAUAGAAACAGAUUUAAACAUUUCCCUAAGAUGAGAGUCUGUAGAAGGGCUCAGAGCAGUUUUAUUUAUUUGAAAGUUACAUUUGGGUAUAUAUUUUUCUUUGUUAUGUUUUACUUUUGCCAAAUUACAGCCUUGUACAACAGAGGAACUAGGAGGAAAUGCAAUGUAUAAGGUUGUGCUUUCACGUGGCUAUCUUAAAAACACAGAGAAAUCUAUUGUAGAGUGUGUCGUAAGAGGACAGGACAUUGGGUGGCUGAUUGUCAUGUGCUGCUGCCUCAUCUUAUCUAAGAGGCCGGGAGGAUAAGAGAAACGUUUGUCUGUGCUCAUAGGUGCCUGAAUAAAUGAGUGAUCAUGUGAUUGACCCAUUGAGGACGACUUACAUGCAUCACCACUAGAGGGCGCAGUGUGUACACCAGAGAAGGCGAGGGCUCGUCAGAAGCCAGGCAGAGAAGUAGCACUAGUCUAGUAGAGUAGCCUAAUUAUCACCAAAAAAUAAAUUAUCACCAGACAUAUAUUUGUAGUACAGCCCAAGCCAUUAAUAUACAUAAAUGAUGGAGUUGGUGAGAUAAAAACAGCUAAACAUGAAAAGCGAGAUGCUGGGUCAGCCAACCUAUAAUCACUUUUUUAAUUUAUUAUAGAGUCCCAUCUUUGCGAAGUCCGCUGCCAAGGGUGCACCUCUAGUGCCGUUAGCCCGGCGAUUCAGGUCUAACAACCACUCAUUAAAGUUUAAGAGUGCCCACCAAGAGAUUUCCUUCACCAAUUUUAAAUAUAUUUGCCUUUUAAUCCACAGUGAUUUAAAGCUGUGUCAAAUGGUGCAUUAAAUGAACCUUCCGCCAUCACGGAGUUAAGCUCCGCACGUGUCUGUGGAUCAUAAAUGUAUAAUGACCCCUGGCAGGCGUCGUAAACAGGCAAGAUGCAUUCAGGCGGUCAAACAGGCCUACUUCAUGAAACAAUGUUGAAAGACUAAGAUCCAGGACGAGGGAAGAUGAAAAGAUGAAAGGUGUAGUAGGCCUAGUUGUAUAUGUAGGAUUAUGAGGACAAUAUGCUCCACUCUCCCCAGCCUUUUGGUUUAUGUUACAUGUCCAUAACAUUAACAUAUUUAAUCAUGAUGUGUGUUGCUUCUCCUAUGUGCCCUUACAAUGGAAGAGCGGAUUUUUAUGUAUUCUGUAUUCUCUUCAGGACUCUUUCAGAUGGACACUAUAGACAUGUUCACCUUAUACACUUAUAUAAGCCCAGGGGGUUGUUUCAAUGUACAAAAGCUGCGAAGAAGCACCAACAGUAUUCAAAUGCAAAAAUGGUUCAUCUUUUGAUUAUUUUGUACAGAAUGUAUAUCAAGCAUGUGCAUACAUGAGAAAUGAAGUUUACUAUAAUUAUGGCAUAUAUUGUCGCUUUAUGAAUGCUAUAAGAUAUGAUUGCUUUUUUUUUUUUUUUUCAUUCCCCAAAUAUGGUCUUCUGUGCAGCUCAUUUGCUGUCCGGACCAGAUCAGGGAGUUUUGCUGUAUGUGCAUACAUUGUAAUUGCUUUGCCAAAACGUUACGUGGUCUAAACAAGCACCACAACUGUAAAUGGACAUUCAACUGUUGUGUAUUGGACUGCUGUUUGCUGGACACCACCUCCACUCCAUCGGAAACAAAUAAAGCCAAGUCUCCCUCUUGGCGCGUCUUGGGAAAAAUGUUUUACCGUAUUUUCUGUUCAGAAUGAUAUUGCCAUCCAAACUGUGAGGUCAUGUUUUAUGCAGACAUUAAAUAAUGAGCUGAAGUCUCCUCUGGGAAACUCUUA